UGGUAGUAAUAAAUAAACUGGAAGAAAGAGGAAAGGGGAGAAGAAAGAAAGAACAAAAAUCAGGAGUGGUCGAAUCGAAGACGAAAUCAAAUCGAGUCAUCUCAUCUUCCUUCAGACCAAAAAGAAAUCAGAACCAAAAGCUUUCACUUUUCUCUCUCCCUCUGACUAUCUCUUCUCUAUCGUGGUCGUUUCACACUUGCUGGCAAUCUCCCAAACCUAGGCUGCGUGUCCUUCGUCCUCCGAUUUCAAUUUCAUCAUCCGGCCUUACUCCUUUUGCUGGUGUUCCAUAAAAGUCGAUUCGUUUUAUACAUUUGUGUUGAUUAAUGGAUCGAUUUAGGGUUUGGAGUGCGCUGACUUGGGUUUGAUUUGAUGAAGAAAAAAGGGGCAUGGGACUUGAGUCAAUCGGCUUUGAUCAUCGAUUGAUUUUCUGAGCUCUUAGGAAUUGGUGAUUGUAAUCUAUCUCAAGUUGUGUUAGUCAAUUGAGGUUUUGUGGUUUCGCUCCGAUUAUGGAUGACAUUGAUGGUGGGAUGGGCUCUAGAGGUGCAUCAACACCGUGGCAGCCACUUCAGCUUGUUUUCAAGCGUUACGUUCCACCUAAUCUGUCUGAUACCAGAGGUGGGACACUGCGCGCUACUGCCAAGAAGAAGUCGGUAGUGGUGAGACUAACUAGAGGCUUGGUUGAGACAUACAGAAUAUGCAAUCCACAGUUCAAAUAUAGAGGAGAGUUGAAUCCCAAGCGGUACUUGACUACUCCAUCAGUUGGUGUGCUCAAUGAUGGCUUUGAUAAUCUCAACUCCGACCUAAUUCUGGCUGUAAAUGAUGAUUUGUGCACUUCAGAUUCACGGCAGAGAUACAUUGUCAAAGAUCUUCUUGGCCAUGGGACUUUUGGUCAGGUUGCUAAAUGCUGGGUUCCUGAGACAAACAGCUUUGUUGCUGUAAAAGUUAUAAAAAACCAGCCUGCAUACUAUCAGCAGGCGCUGGUUGAAGUAUCUAUUUUGACAACGCUAAACAAGAAGUAUGAUCCAGAGGAUAAGCACCAUAUUGUUCGCAUAUACGACUAUUUCUUGCAUCAACGUCAUUUGUGCAUAUGCUUUGAACUUCUGGACAUGAAUCUGUAUGAGCUCAUAAAAAUUAAUCAAUUUAGAGGUCUCUCGUUAAGCAUAGUCCAGCUCUUCUCUAAGCAGAUCUUACUUGGUUUGGCUCUUUUGAAAGAUGCUGGCAUAAUUCAUUGUGAUCUGAAGCCAGAGAACAUUCUUCUGUGUGCCAGUGUGAAGCCAACUGAAAUUAAGAUAAUCGACUUUGGAUCAGCGUGCAUGGAAGAUAGGACUGUUUAUUCAUAUAUUCAGAGUCGUUACUACAGAUCGCCAGAAGUUUUACUUGGUCAUCAAUACACUACAGCUAUCGACAUGUGGUCAUUUGGAUGCAUUGUCGCGGAGCUGUUUCUUGGAUUGCCACUGUUUCCAGGAGCUUCAGAAUUUGAUAUCAUGAGGCGUAUGAUUGAAAUACUGGGAAAGCAACCACCUGAUUAUGUGCUCAAGGAAGCAAAAAAUGCGAAUAAGUUCUUCAAAUGUGUUGGGAGUGUCCACAAUUUAGGGAAUGGUGGAACUCAUGGUGGCCUCAAAAGUGCUUAUAUGGCACUGACGGAAGAAGAAUUUGAAGCUAGAGAAAAGAAAAAGCCAGAUAUUGGGAAAGAGUACUUCCGCCAUAAGAACCUUGAAGAAAUUGUAAAAGGCUAUCCUUACAAGAUAAACUUGCCGGAAGAGGAUGCUGUCAAAGAAACUCAGAUCCGGUUAGCUCUUGUAGACUUUUUGAGAGGACUUGUUGAAUUUGAUCCAGCCAAACGUUGGUCACCUUUUCAGGCCGCUAAGCACCCUUUUAUCACCGGGGAACCUUUUACGUGCCCAUACAACCCUCCGCCAGAAACACCUCAUGUGCAUGUUGCUCAAAAUUUCAAAGUUGACCAUCAUCCAGGUGGAGGGCAUUGGUUUGCGGCCGGUCUUUCUCCUCAUGUAUCAGGGAGAACCAGAAUCCCAAUGCACAAUAGUCCCCAUUUUCAGAUGAUACCUUAUUCACAUGCAAAUAGUUAUGGGAGUAUCGGAAGCUAUGGUAGCUACAAUGAUGGUGCCAUACAUGGAAGUAGCUACGGGAGCUAUGGAGAUAACGGCAAUAUGUUUGCCUAUUAUUCACCUGUGAAUCAUACUGGCCAAUACAUGCAAAACAGAGGUGGUGUCCCAAUGGUUGGAACUAGUCCUGAUGCCAGACGUAGGGCUAUGCAGUAUCCACAUGGAAAUGGCCUUGGUACAAGUCCAUCCGCGGGAAAUUUUGCUCCACUACCCCUCGGCACUAGUCCAUCACAAUUUACUCCACCAAAUCCAAACAAUCAAUUUUUAGCUGCCUCUCCUGGACACCAUGGUCCGACAUCUCCAGCAAGAAACAGUUGUCACGGGUCUCCUUUAGGAAAAAUGGCAGCAUUCAGUCAGUUUAACAGAAGACAAACCGUUGGAUAUUCUGGAGGUUCUCAGUCUCAGGAUUCUUCCUUGUCACAAGCUCAAGGGCAUGGGAUGGACAGUUUGCAUCAAAAUGAGGGUUAUUCUGGGCAAUUCUCUGGUUCACUUCCACAUCGACAUUUGGAUCCUGGGUUCCAAAAUCGUAAACAGUCACAAGGAAGUCCUGGGUACUCUACGCAUAACAUUUCCAGCUCAUUCCUUCGGUCCAGUACUGGACCCCAUAUUGAGAAUACGGAAAAUGCCUUAUCAGUGCCUGAUCCAGGAGAUUGGGACCCAAAUUACAGUGAAGAAUUGCUACUGCAAGAAGAUACCGCAGAUGAAAGUGUUAUUGCUAAUGCAUUCAGCAGAGGAAUGCAAUUUGGUUCGAUAGAUGCCUCCAGUUCGAGAAGGUUCAACAGUAAUCCCUCCACCUCAUCAUCAUCAAAUCCGGUAACCCAAAGGAGAUAUGUUCCCAAUCAACCCUUUUCGCAAGUUGAGAUUGGCAGCCCUCCAAGUAAUGAUCCUUAUGCCAGAUUUGGCCAACUUAUGCCAGGAUCGCAAUUCACUCCUCAUGUCACCCAGAACUCUCCAAGUCGCUUAGGGCAGCAACGGUCCAAUCAUGGGAGACCAAAUACUGGAAGGGCUACGGAUCGGAAUCACGUCAACGCUCAGCUUCCUCCGUCCAACACUAGUUCUGGGGGUCAGCGCUCACCCAGAAGUAGCUCAUAUAACAAUGGUGCCCCUUGGGACUGUCCGUAAAUUAAAUUGGCUUGUAGGCGGACGCAGGACUAACCAUCAUGUCCCGAAUGUUCAUGGAAGGAUGGACUAUGGAAGUAUUGCCUGACUCCUCAGUCUUAAAACUCUCAUUUAUUUUGUUAUUUCCCUUAGUGUGCAAUCUUCUUACUCGAGAAACCAAACUAGUUCAUGGCUUGUGGGCUUUUGAUCAGAAAAUGCUUAUUCGUUGUGCUUUUUGCACAAACAAACCAAAAAGAAAACACCCAGUUUGUUGUCAUUGAUAUUGUGAUCUCUGGUUAUCUAUUUAUUGGAAUUACUUCGGA